GUUAAUGAGAGAGACAGAAAUGCAGACGACGUGAUUGAAUUGAUGUUUUUAUCCUGUCGAAGACAAAACGGCGACAGCUAUGUAUAAAUCCAGCAUAUUUAUGAAGUAUAUGUGUCAUACUUGUCAAACAACUCAUUUUACAUGGAGGAAUUUCCCUAAUAAGCUCAGACUCGCCCGAUCUGUUAGGCGGUCACUGAACACCUCGCUACCCUUAACCUCCGGCAGGUCUGCCGGGGGAGAACCGACGGAUGGCAGCGGCAAAUCACCGACAAAGCUAAAGACGCAGGAUGGAACCAAGCUAGACAUGUCUCAGUUCCCUGUUGAGAACAUCAGGAAUUUCAGUAUCAUAGCUCAUGUGGAUCAUGGCAAGAGUACCCUAGCAGAUAGACUCUUGGAAUUAACCGGUACAAUUUCAAGAAAGACGGACAACAAACAAGUUCUUGACAAACUUCAAGUGGAGCGUGAGAGAGGUAUCACUGUGAAGGCACAGACAGCGUCCAUGGUUUAUCAUUACAAGGGACAGAAAUACUUGCUCAAUCUUAUUGAUACACCUGGUCAUGUAGACUUCAACUACGAGGUAUCACGUUCCUUAGCAGCCUGCCAAGGGGUCUUACUAUUAGUGGACGCUAACCAAGGAGUCCAGGCACAGACUGUGGCAAACUUCUACCUGGCCUUUGAGUCUGACCUGACUAUUAUCCCUGUUAUCAACAAGAUCGACCUCAAACUGGCUGACCCGGAAGGAGUCUCCAAGCAGCUGGACACACUCUUUGACAUCAAAGAAGAUGAAGUCUUAAAGAUUUCAGCUAAAGCCGGAACAGGAGUGGACGAUGUACUACCUACAGUCAUUGAAAGGAUUCCUCCCCCACCAUCCUCCUCCGACAGAGCAAUGAAAGGGCUCCUACUAGACUCCUGGUACAACCAGUACAGGGGUGCGUUCAUCAACUUUGCCCUGGUGGAUGGGGUCAUCAGGAAAGGUGAUAGGGUCAUGUCAGCACACUCUGAGAAGACCUUUGAGAUCCACGAGGUGGGGGUGAUGCACCCAGAGCCAACCCCUACCAAUGAACUGUAUGCAGGGCAGGUUGGGUACGUAGUACCAGGGAUAUACAACAUCAAAGAAGCUCACAUGGGAGACACGUACUACCAUCCAAACAGCCCUGUAGAACCUCUGCCAGGAUUCAAACCAGCUCGACCCAUGGUAUUUGCUGGUCUCUAUCCAAUCGAUCAAUCCGAGUAUCUUGCCUUGCGGUCUGCUCUAGAUAAACUAACUCUCAAUGAUAGCAGCGUUUCUGUGAGCAGAGAUAGUAGUCCUGCUUUAGGUCAGGGUUGGAGGCUAGGUUUCCUAGGCCUGCUCCACAUGGAAGUCUUCAACCAGCGUCUGGAACAGGAACACAAUGCCAACGUCAUCGUCACCGUUCCCAGUGUCCCUUUCAAGGCAAUACUCAAAGACACCAAGGCUAUCAGACAAGAGUACGGUGAUGAUCCGGAGAUCACCGUCUAUAAUCCCUCAGUCUUUCCCGAUGCACAGAGAGUUGUGGAAUACCUUGAACCUAUGAUCAUAGGAACCAUCAUUGUACCAGAUGAACACAUCAGCAAGAUUCUUAGCCUCUGUCUGAGCAAGCGUGGAGAGCAGGAAGAGUACACCUACAUAGAUACCAAGCGAGUGUUACUCAAGUACCGACUGCCUCUUAAUGAGAUCGUGGUGAAUUUCUUUGAUGAACUCAAGUCAAUAUCAUCAGGAUAUGCCAGUUUUGACUACGAGGACUGUGGCUACCAGCAGGCCGACCUGGUCAAGCUAAGCAUCAUCCUCAACGGCCGGGAGGUGGAGGAGCUAGCCACGGUGGUCCACCAGGACAAGGCCAGGGAAGCAGGCAAGGCAGUAUGCAACAAACUCAAGGAAAGCAUCCCAAGGCAGCUGUACGAGGUGGCCAUACAGGCCGCUCUAGGGAGCCGCAUCAUCGCCAGGGAGAACGUCAAGGCACUCAGGAAAAAUGUGCUGGCCAAAUGUUAUGGUGGUGACAUCACAAGGAAGAUGAAGCUCCUACGCCGUCAGGCUGAAGGGAAGAAGAGAAUGAAGAAGUUUGGCAAUGUAGAAGUACCCAAGGAUGCGUUCAUCUCCGUUCUCAAGAGGUGACCACUGGACAAUGAACA